GAAAAAAACAGAAGGAAAGAAAAAAGUAAAAGAAUAAAAUAAAACUAAUCUGCGGCUUCACUUAUAUUUCUCUCCUUUUCCCUUCAGGUGGUGUUCGAUUUGAACAUUCGUACACCCCCUGGGUCCUGAGUCCGUCUCCCUCUGCCAGACUGCCAUGGCAUCGGAUGGGUAUCCUGACAAGAACGCCCUUUUCAGAAAACUGAAAGCAAAGUCGGAAAACAAGAUGUGUUUCGAUUGUAAUGCAAAGAACCCUACUUGGGCGUCCGUGACGUACGGGAUCUUCCUCUGCAUCGAUUGUUCGGCCGCGCAUCGAAGCCUCGGAGUCCACAUUAGCUUCGUCAGGUCUACAAACUUAGACUCAUGGACUCCUGAGCAGCUGAAAAUGAUGACUUUUGGGGGAAACAAUCGUGCACAGGUUUUCUUUAAGCAGCAUGGAUGGACUGAUGGGGGCAAAAUUGAAGCUAAAUAUACAUCAAGAGCUGCCGACUUAUAUAGGCAAAUCCUUUCAAAGGAAGUUGCUAAAAGUUUGGCAGAAGAGACAGGUUUACCAUCAUCACCUGUUUCUUCUCAGUCAACACAAGCUGCUUAUGGACUCCCUGAUGUCAAGACAAGUGAAGCUCCGAAAGAGAACGCUUUAUCAAGGCAAGAUGUACCCGAUAUAUCUGCCUUGCCUAAAGCUCCUCAUGCAGUUGCUACCAGUACUGUUAAGAAGCCUCUCGGUGCAAAGAAAAUUGGGAAGACUGGGCUUGGUGCUAGAAAGCUUACUACGAAGUCAAGCGAAAGUCUCUAUGAUCAGAAGCCUGAGGAACCAGCUAUUCCAGUUUCCUCCACAAAUAGCACUCCAACAGCUGGCUCAUCUUUUGCAUCGCGCUUUGAAUAUCUUGAAAAUGUCCAAUCUGCUGAGAAUAGCUCCAGUGGGCCUCACAUGAUCAGCCAUGUAUCUCCACCAAAGUCUUCAAGCUUCUUUACAGAUUUUGGAAUGGACAGCGGUUUUCCAAAGAAAGCUGGCUCAAAUUCCUCAAAAGUGCAAAUUCAGGAAACUGAUGAAGCAAGGAAGAAGUUCUCAAAUGCGAAAUCUAUUUCAUCUGCCCAAUUCUUUGGGGAUCAGAACAAAGCUACUGACGUAGAUGCUCAAGCAUCUUUGCAGAAGUUCUCAGGUUCAACUGCCAUUUCCAGUUCUGAUCUUUUCGGUGACAGCACAGAUCAUUCCAUUGAUCUUACUAAUGACCUCAUCAAUCGACUCUCUUUCCAGGCACAACAGGAUAUUUCCAACCUUAAAAACAUUGCGGGAGAGACCGGGAAGAAACUCAGUUCACUGGCAUCCAAUUUAAUAACAGAUCUUCAAGACAGAAUCCUAUGAUACUAAUAUUUUUAUGGUGGAAACAAAAAAAAAAGUUGAGGAGUUUAUUACCGUACCAACCAAAUGUCUAGUGAAUGUGAAUGUGAAUGUGAAUGUGAAACGCAUUCAUUGUAAAAAUUUUCAGAAGACAAUAAGAUGUUAGGACUCUCCAGGCUUGUGACAUGCUCUGGUGCUUUUAUAUUGUUAGUGCAUGUAUUUUGAGACUGACUGUGUCUAAGCUUUUGUUUUCUAAUCUUGAAUGCAAACCUCAGUUAACUUU